CAACUUUGACAGCUUGACUUCCUCUCUCUCGACUAAAUAAAAACAAGAGUGCAGAAUCAAAAUGUGAGACAAAAAUUACAACUGGACUAGUAAUAUUAGCCACAUUUUAAUGAUAGGAACAUUAGAGCGACAUGGGUUCAAAAUUGGGAUUGACGACGACUUAAAAAAGCUAUAGUUUAAACGCUGUGGUGUGUAUAUUAGUGCCCAGUAAUAAUUUAAGACUCUCUGCGACUGAGAGUGAAGAGCAGCUAAAUUGUAUAGUAUUUGAUGGAGUUGUGAUGGUUGUGAAUUUGUAUCAUGAUGUUGUGCAUGCAAACUAAUAGUGAGUUAAAAAGAGUGACAAUCAGUGCCAGACAUUGAAAUAGUGACGAUUCAAAAUGUAAUAAUCAAUUAUAACCGGAAGGAACUCAAUGUCGAGGGAUCCCGAGCAUAAUAAAAAUACGUGAGAAGAAAUCUCUUUUUAAACGGUGCUAAUACAUACAUAUUUAUUUCGCAAUCUUUUAUACACCUAAAGCCUUAAGGGACCGGAGGAAGACAAAAGUAAAAUUUACAUACAAAUAUAAAAAUCAUGUCUUCUCCUUGACUAAUUUUAAGGAAAAACAUACAUAUUUACAUACCAUUUAUGCAAUCAAGCCUUUUAACAAAAUAAUCAACAAAUUUAAUUAACCAAGAUUUUAUUACUUUAACUAACCUAUCGCUUUAAAAUUCACACCCUGUUGCACAAAAGACAGUCAGCAUGACACCAUACACACACCUAGCCAAAAAAGCACUGUUUCAAAGAAUUAUAGUUUCCACGAGGAAUAGUAAGACUACUUAAAUUGCACUUAUAUUAUAUAAAUAUACCGUAAAUUAUUAUACACCAUACCUAAAACAACUGUGUUCUGCAUCGCCAACAUGUGAUAUUUAUUAUUAGCUAAAAUAAAUUUCCUGCCAGUAAAGAAUAAGUUUUACACGAGAUAAAUAGAUAUUCACGUGAAAAUCUGAUUUCAUUCUAUUUUACUACUCCAAUUGAAAUAUUAUGUGAUUUUUAUCCAUCUUGUUCUCGUCUGCAAUAAAUAAUAAUAAUGCUAAUCUACCUACAGUACAAAGUUGUAAGGGAAUAAAUAAAAGGUGCUGCGAGCAAGGAUUAAUUGGUGCUUAACCUCUUUACCGACUGCCUCUUGUCAAGCAACUAAAUUAUCAACAACGUCCAAGAAGAAGUGAAGAUUAUUAUUAUUAUAAAACGCUGCUGGCUGCUAUUGCUACUUACUCGUAAAUACCUGUCCAUUACAAGUAAUUAGUUAUCCAAUAAUAGUCCUGUCAGCACGUGUCAUGUAUUCGGACAAGUUGACUCUUCAUGAAGAAUGAGAGAGUGAAAGGGAAGAAGAGAUUCUGGUCCCGAGGGAGGUGAAGGUUCGUGAUAAAAGUCAUGUUUUUUCGACGAAAUCCUGACGAAGGAUCGUCAUCCUCCGUCCCUGGGGCAAGUCGCAGGAACGACAAUACCGACGAUAUUCAACAACAUCACAACGAUGAUGGGAUUUUGGUGGCGGAUCGGAUUAGUCCAGAUUUGCAUGAAACUACGAAUUUACUCCGGCGUGAGAGGAAGAUCGAUGUAGUGGACAGUAAGCAGAGGCCACGCUCCAUAACCAGUGCGGGGGACGAUAGGAGAGCCUCUCUGGUGAGUCGGAGCAGUGGGAGUGGUCGGUUUGUUAGUGCGAGUGGGAGCAUGGCCGGAAGUCGGGAUGGGUCAUGGCGUCUAAGCAAAAGUUCCGUUUCCAGUAUUUACCACUCGGCCCAAGAGUUGGACCUUAUGUCGGACUGCUACUUUUCGGACGAAGGGGAGCCUACGAGUCCUUUUCGAAGUUAUAAAAGUCUCUGUUUCGACACGGACCGUGAGGAUAUUUUUAGUUCGCCGCAAGGAUCAAUGACACUGCAUCCAGGGAGCAGCAGAAAGGGACUGAAGAGCGUAGCAUUUCAGGAAGUCAUGACCCUGCCCGAGGUGGACUUUGUCCUCGUGUGGGACGGGUCCGAAGAUCAGGCCACGACCGACGUGGCGAAGGAACGACGCCGCGUUUUCGAGCGGAACUUGGAGGAGGACGGUUUAAAAUUGGAGAGGGAGCGGCUGGAGGCGUGUAACCUCAAUUUUGUCAAAAUACACGCUCCCAUCGAAGUAUUGCGACGAUAUGCGGAAAUUCUCAAACUCAGAAUGCCAAUGAAGCAGCUACAAGGCGAUUUUAUGGAGAAACUUUUUGGAGAAAAUGAAGAGUUUGGAUUUAAGAUUCCACAAAUGCUGGAGAUGAGGACUCCCGAGAACACACUUCUGUCCGAAGUCAAGUCGUGGUUUCAGAUAGUCACUGACUACUUUCGCGUCGAUCCUAGAAUAUUUCCUCCUGAAGAUCAAAAGUUUACUGCAAUCUACAGUAGAGAUAAGGAAUAUCUGUUUGACGUUGACGAGAAAGAGUUUUUCACUCCGGCUGUUCGAGCUCGCAUUUUAGAUUUCAUCCUGAGAAGAAAACGCUACACGGAGGACCCAUUGGAUGAUUUUGCAUUUGGAAUGGAACGCUUGUUAAAUGCUUAUACCUACAGUGCGGCGUACCCACUUCACGAUGGUGAUCUCAGAACUGCUGGAAGCCAGAGACAUUUGUUAUCCAUCGAGUGGGCUUCAGUAAGCAAAUGUCUCAAGUACCAACCCGUUGAUGCCAUCAAGGAAUAUUUCGGAGUCAAGAUUGGCUUGUAUUUCGCCUGGUUGGGAUUUUACACUCACAUGCUCAUAUUUGCAGCUGGUCUCGGGAUUAUUUGUUUCCUGUAUGGUUGUUUUACGCUGUAUAAAAAUCAACACAGUGAGGACGUCUGCAAUCCCCACUUCAACUUCACUAUGUGCCCUUUAUGCGACACCGUGUGCGACUAUUGGUCGCUCCACGAUGUAUGUUUCUAUACCAGGCUGACAUAUCUCUUUGAUAACGAUGCCACUGUGUUCUUUGCAGUGCUAAUGUCAUUUUGGAGUGCGAUAUUUCUUGAGUGCUGGAAACGAUACUCUGCCGAGAUUACUCACAGAUGGGAUUUGACAGGAUUCGAUAUUCAGGAAGAACAUCCGAGAGAAGAGUAUUUGAUUCGAUUGAAACAUGUCAAGAAACACGAACGCAACACCGUUACAAGCACUACUGAGCCGUAUGUUCCCUUCUGGAAAAUGAAACUGCCCUACAGGAUGUUCUCAAUGUCCAUGGUUUUACUUCUGAUAAGUUUAGCGGUAGCUGCAGUUGUAGCAGUUGUGACUUAUCGCUUGGCAAUCACAUUCGCAAUCAAUAGGACUUGGAGGGAUCAACGUGAUGUUCAUAGCUGGGGACUGAUUCUCGUCAGUACUACUGCUGCUUGCAUCAACUUGGUGUUUAUCUAUUUUUUCAACUGGUUAUACUCGUUUUUGGCAGAAUAUCUUACAGAACUUGAGCUCCACCGAACUCAAACAGAAUUUGAUGACAGCAUUACUCUCAAGAUGUACAUGUUGCAAUUCGUGAAUUACUACUCGUCCAUUUUUUACAUAGCAUUUUUCAAAGGGAAAUUCGUGGGCUCGCCCGCAAAAUAUACAAAAUUCUUAAGGAAGUGGCGACAGGAAGAGUGUGGUCCUGGAUGCAUGACUGAGCUAUGCAUACAAUUAGCCAUUAUAAUGGUCGGAAAGCAAGCUUUGAACACUGUCCUUGAAAUGAUUUGGCCAAUCGCAAUCAAAUGGUUUAAUCAAUUUAAACUAUUGACCGGAAUUACUCAUGAGAAACGAACCUUAUUUACAACGCAGUGGGCGAGAGAUUACAAAUUACUGGAUUGGGGUCCUCGCUCACUCUUUCCUGAAUACCUUGAAAUGGUUUUGCAAUACGGAUUCGUCACUAUAUUUGUUGCUGCCUUUCCACUUGCCCCCUUAUUUGCCUUGCUCAACAAUAUUUUAGAAAUGCGAUUGGAUGCUAAAAAAUUGUUGGUGUAUUAUCGACGACCCGUGGGCCAGCGUGUCAAAGACAUAGGAGUUUGGUACGGUAUCCUGGACGGUGUUGGGAAACUUGCUGUUAUUUCAAACGCUUUCAUUAUUGCAUUUACUUCCAACUUCAUUCCAAAAAUGGUCUAUCGAUAUGGGCUCCACGAACGGGAUGAUCCUAGAUGGGGGACUUUGAACGGUUUUCUGGAACACUCCUUGGCUCAGUUUAACACGUCCAGUCUGGAACUUCCUCCAACAGGUCAAUAUCUAAGAGUGCCACACGAUUUUUGUCGAUAUCCAACCUAUCGUUACAGCUAUGAUGCCCCAGAAGAAUUGAGGUACAAGAGAACCGACUUUUAUUGGAAAGUGUGGAUGGCAAGGUUGGCAUUUGUCGUUGUCUUUGAGAACGUUGUAGCCCUGUGCGUCAUGCUUUUAAAGUGGGUCAUUCCAGAUACACCUCGAAAACUACAGGAGCAAAUUCGUCGUGAAAAUUAUUUGACAAAUGAAAUAAUUAUCAAGCAAGAAAUGGUCCGAGCCCGAGGAAUCUCUGCAGGAGGUGACAGCACCGCGUGGAACCCUGUCGCCGGAGAGAAAGAACUGGAACUAGUCAGAUGUCCUUCAAACUCUGCCUCUUCGCGACGCCGAAAUGUGGAAGAUUUUAAUAAUGCAAACUCAGGAAAGACAAAUGAAGUCAUGGUUUAAAAUAAUAAUAUGUUUUGUUGCCGUCGUUGUCAGUAUUUCUCCGCAAUCAAUAUUAUUAUUUUGAGUCUGUCCGCAAUGUGCUAUUACUAAAUGUUUGUAUAAGUGACAAGCACUUAUAUACAUACACACACAUAUGAAUUUCUGCUGGCUGAACGAUAUUUAAUUAACUGUUGUAUACCGAGUUUCCAAUACUAUGCAACUUUUUGUACCGCUUGUGAUAAUGUUUAAUCUGACUGAAGUCCCAAUCCCGAUGUUCAGGAAAUGUGCUUUACUCUCCCGUGCUUGUAGACUGCUCAUAUGAAAUGGAUUUAAUUUUCGUAUCAUAAAAUUUUCACAUAUUUCCGUUUAAUAAGUUAAUUUGACAUUCAGCUGUGCUGUAACUACAAUCCAUUCAGAAAUAAAUUAGACUACUAAAUGAUGUACUAGAAAA